CCUAUUUUUAGUCAGAAAUUUUGAAGCCAGCCAGUCUUGGCUCUAGGUUAUCCCGUGAGGCUUUCACCAUACACUAGAGUCAACCUAUCUUGGCCUGACCUAUUUUUAGUCAGAAAUUUUGAAGCCAGCCAGUCUUGGCUCUAGGUUAUCCCGUGAGGCUUUCACCGUUGACUAGAAUCAACCUAUGUGGGCCUGACCUAUUUUUAGUCAGAAAGUUUUAAACAAACCUGUCAAAAUUUGUAGCAUGUUGGUAUAAAUAUAAGUAAGGCAUGCGGAAGAUUCUUUCCGUUCUCAACAUGGCUUGCAAGAGCUUGAGAGAGCGUGUGGAGUUAGUUUUUGAAAACGAAAAUUUUGAUGAGCUACCUCAAAUUUACGCCGAAUUAAAUAAAAAGUUUAAAUGUAAUUCUGUUUUGCCAUCUACUGACGUGUUGCAAAAACAACUUACUUUUGGUUUUAUCCAAAGAAAUUGCCAUGCAGAAUACUACCUUCCUGCCUAUGUGAAAGCAAAGAAGGAUGGUUGCGCAAUUACGUUGAAGUCUCAGGUCAAUGGAAAUUGCCUGUACAGUUCUAUGGCGUUGUGUUUGUUUGGGAAAAAUGUGAUGGUUGACGACUUACGAAUUCUUGUGUCAGUGGAGCUAAUGAUGAAUGCUAGCUUUUACUGUAAGCAUCCUCUAUUUUCUUCUAUCCUUGCUCUUCCAGAAAGUCUCUUUAAAUCUAUGGAAGAUAUUCUCAAUAUGUCUGUCUGCAAUUCUGCAUUUAACACAGACAAAAAACAAGAAGACUUAGUUAAGGAGGUAGCCAUUUUAAAUUUAGUAGAUCGGAAAUAUUGUUCCUUUCUUGCUAUGCUUGCUCUGUCAUCUGCUUUUGCUAUUCACAUUUUGUUUUGCUAUGAGGGCUUACUUCCAUCCAGAGAAAAUUUUGCACCUAAUCAUUUCGUUCCAAUUAUUUUUAAGCAGAUACAUAAACGCAAGUCAGGUUCAGCUGCGGACACAAAAGUUUUAUCUCCUCCUGUGAAAAGGCAAACAAGGUUUUUUCCGGAUGCACAGGCAACAGGGAAAUUAUCUCUUGUAAAACCUGUGAUUAAAGAUAAACAGUUUAAUUUCUUUCCUAAUAAAGCUUCCUUUAACAAUAAACUAACUGAAGAUUAUAAAGAUAGUAACAAUAAUAGCACAUCUGCUGAAGAUUUUAAUAACAAUGACAAAGCUUUAAAUGAUAUUUCCUUUGCUACUGUUUUAAAUUUUGAACAUCAAUAUGACGUUGCCUCUUUCCUUUCUAAAGUUUCAGGUCUAAAUGAUAAAGGUGUACACAACCUAAUCACCAAUGUUUUUGUGCCCGAUAAAUCUUUUAUUUUUCCUAAAAAAAGUGGGCGUUCCUUUCGGCAUGAAUGGCUAAAGACCUUUUUAUGGCUUAAAUAUUCACCAACUUUGGAUGGAGCAUUUUGUUUGCCAUGUAUCCUUUUUGGUCACAAGGUUGCUAACAAAACUUCUAAGUUACAGAAAUUGCUUUCUCAACCUUUUCGACAUUGGCCAGCUGCCAAAAACUUUUUUAAACAACAUGAAACAUCAAAAAAUGGUUUACAUAUUCAAACCAGCCUAACUUUUAGUGCAUUUGUGAAGAAUUUUUUAGGACAAACUCAACCAAUCAGUGUAAUCAUAGAUUCCAACUACAAAAAACAGGUUGCUGAUAAUCGAAAGUUCUUAACACCAAUUGUUGACACCAUAAUUUUAUGUGGUCGUGUUUGUAUUCCUCUUCGUGGCCACAGGGAUGAUAGUAAAUAUCAUCCUGAAGUUGGAAAUUUUUCAACUGGUUCAACUGGCAAUUUUAUUGAUCUUUUAAAUUACAGAGUACGUGGUGGAGACACAACCCUUGAAAAUCAUCUUCUAAAAUGUAAUAAGAAUUCUUCUUAUAUUUCUAAAACUCCACAGAAUGAAAUAAUUAAUUGUUGUGCAGAUAUAAUCACAGAAAAUAUUGUUUCUGAAGUUAAGAAAAACAAGUUUUUUACGAUUAUAGCUGAUGAAGCAUCAGAUACAUCCAAUAAAGAGCAGUUAUCAUUAGUUUUACGCUAUGUAGAUAGCAAUUUUGACAUUAAAGAAGAUUUCAUUCGAUUUCUUCACUGUAAGGAAGGUUUAUCUGGAAGUGCUCUUGCUUCCAUUAUUCUCAAAGCUCUAAGUGAUGACCUAGUUCUAAAUGUUCAAGACUGUAGAGGCCAGGGUUAUGAUGGGGCUGGCGCUGUGGCUGGUAGAAUUAAUGGUCUUUCUGCUCAUAUUUUGAGAAUCAACAGGAAGGCUAUUUAUACUCAUUGUCAUAGUCAUCGCCUCAACCUCUGUAUAUGUGCCUCUUGUUCAGUCCAAACAAUUAGAAAUGUGCUUGAUAACAUAAAAGAGAUUUCCUAUUUUUUUAAUUUUUCCCAAGUAAGGGAAGACAUGUUUGUGAAAAAUAUUAAAUUGUAUGCUCCUGAUUCCUUAAAAAAUAAGCUUAAGGAUGUUUGUCGCACAAGGUGGAUUGAACGUGUUGAAGGUAUGGAUACAUUCCAAGAACUUUAUGUCCCUCUUGUUUUCACUCUUGAGGAGAUGUUUGUUCAAAGGCAAUGCAAUAUUGACACAUCAUCAAAAGCCUUGUCCUUAUAUAAAUUAAUUACAAGUUUUGAUUUUAUUAUUACAAUGGUAAUUACUCGGUCUGUAUUUGAUAUAACACUGCCAGUAACACGAAUGCUUCAAUUGAAGUUACGUUUUGACAUAUCUACUGUGACUUCUUAUCAGGGCUUGUCAAUUAUUCCAUCUAAGAUGAUGUUUUUAGUUAGUAAACAUGGUCUAUUGGGAUGGAAAGACAAGUUUACAGCUUUUUGUAGCUUUUAUUCUGAUGACAUGCCAAACUUUUUAGCUCUUGAUGCUGAGCUAGAUCUCUGGCAUAAGUACUGGGAGAUGCAGGAUAGUUAUCCUGAUAAUAUUUCAGCCACUCUUAAAGCAAUUCCAUCAUUACAAUUUGACAAUUUGACUGUAGCCUUAAGAAUUCUUGCCACAUUACCAGUGACAUCCUGCGAAUGUGAACGCUCUUUCUCUGCAAUGAGAAGGCUUAAGAACUACAAUCGCAGUACAAUGGUGGCAGAUAGGUUAAAUGGCUUAGCUUUGUUACAUAUACACAAAGAAUUUGUACCAUCCACCUCAUCAGUCAUCAAUAAGUUUGCUGUUAAAAACAGGAGAUUGGAUUUUAAGUAAAAUGUUUAAAUCAAUUAUUUUUCUAUGUAGCCUCAAUAUAUACUCAUAUUGUUUAUAUCUAAAGUUAAAAUUAACAAGUAAUAAAAUAAAUAAUAUUGUUUCUUCCUUUUCUGAAUAAAUAUAUAAAUAUAAAUAAAUUUUAAAAUAAAGUAUAAUUUUUUGUACAAAUCCAUACCUAAGAAACUACUUUCUGUAAUAAGUUUCAUACUCAAUAUAUUUCUCUCUUUCCUCUCCCCCCCCCUCCCCAUUUUUGGUGAUGACAAACCUGAUUGAUUCAAAAUUGUCCCCGGGCUCAGUAGGCUCCGCUGACAGUACCUGGGUCAAGGAGUAACUAAGUCUUUUUUUUCCUUCUAAGCUUUCUCGAAUGCUUAAAUUUUACGUGGUGGUGAUGAAGGUGAUGAUAACGUUAUGAAUCCAAUUACCUUCUUUUUAGUUUUUUUCAUUUACCUUCUUACAGUAGUUAUAUACAGUACAUUUGUUUUUGCAAUGAUGUGACAAAACAGCAAGCUGCAAUGAUAAUACUUAACCCUCUGCAAAUUUUACAAUCAUCAUACGAUGAUGUAACAAAACAGCAAGCUGUAAUGAUAAUACUCAACCCUCUGAAAAUUUUACAAUCAUCAUACGAUGAUGUGACAAAACAGCUAGCUGCAAUGAUAAUUAAUUCCUGUGCGUGCAGUUGACAGAGCCAUUUCUUUACUUCCACUUUAACAAUAACUUCUUUCUAUAAAUAAAUUUUCCUUAUUCCGGGCUCGGCCUGACUCCAGCCGACAGUACCUGGUUUCCGGAGCGGCAUUAUGACUGUCCAUGUCGGGCUUAACGAACUAUAUUUUCAUUCUAUUUUUCGUUUGUCCUAGGCAUGCUGACGAGCCCUGACAUUGGGCGAAACAGUCUAAAAAUGAUUUAUGCUAACGAAAUACAUUUAAGUUGUCAUUCUUUUUCUAUUUGAAGUGUUUAUGCUGAGCUGCGGCGUUUAUGAGAAUGUUUCGUUUCUGUUAUCAAGGUCUAAAACGUCUGCAUACGAGGUUGUUUUUUGUCCCCGUUUAAGCCUAUUUCAGGGUUCGCAAAGCCCGUUUUAGCGAAAGCUUCUGGGGCUCCGCCCCUAACCCCGCUUGGGGGGCUUACAGCGCCCCCCAAGACCCCCAGCUGUAUAUUCAAAUUUUCUUAGUAGGUCAUGAUGCUGCGCAUCAUGACCUACAAAGAAAAUUUGCUAGAUCCGCCCCU